UCACCGCUGGAAAAAUGAUUGUACAAAUCACAAUUCAUGUGGGUUGUAGUGAAAAAUAAAGUCAGAUUUUUGAAUUCCUUAACGUGAUUUUGACCCAGUGGCCAUUGAUAUGCGUGUAUUAACUUACAAAUGAAAAAAGUGAAGAUAAUCUUUUUUUUUUAAGCAGAACCCCUUUUAUAUGGAAAAGGUUCCACUUACCUAGAGUUGUUAUCAAAGUUUUCUUAUGUUGUUUGAACUGGACUCAGUCAAUACUACUAAGACCAUUCAUCCCUAACAAUGACCGACCUUUUUCAAACAAGAGAAAGUUCUCCUUGUUGACAAAAAAAAGAGAAGAGAAAGUUCUCCUUUCAUUACGCGUUUGCUCUGCUAAUAUACUGACUUGUCCAUAACUCAUAUAGCAGCUUGAACUAUUUGAUUAUGUUGUCAUCAAAGUCUUAGUUACCCUUUUGAUUUCUUAUGGCGUCUUCUUCUCGGAGCUGGAGAUACAACGUCUUCCCGAGCUUCCACGGACCAGAUGUUCGUGUAACAUUUAUGAGUCAUUUAAAAAAGCAGUUUCAACACAACGGGAUCAUAGCGUUCAACGAUGAAGGGAUUGAGAGAAGCAAACUGAUCGGUACUGAACUCAUACGGGCGAUAAGAGGGUCAAGAAUCUCAAUCGUGGUGCUCUCGGAGAACUAUGGUUCUUCAAGUUGGUGUUUGAAUGAGCUGGUGGAGAUUUUGAAGUGUCAAGAAUCUGUGGGACAAAUAGUGAUGACGGUUUUCUACAAAGUGGAUCCAUGUGAUGUGAGGAAACAGAUGGGAGAGUUUGGUAAGACUUUCAAGGAAACUUGCGAAGGGAAAACAGAGACCCAGGUGCAUAAAUGGAUUCACGCUUUGACCCAUGUCGCCAAUAUAGCCGGAGAACAUUCUGUGAACUGGUUCGAAAAGGUAGACUUACUGCCCAUUACAGAGAGAUGUUCGGUGAGCCAGGUAGUCACCAACCGACGACUCACAUGCCGAGGCGGAUGUAACGGCGAGGAGUGAUGAAUUCUACCGGGCGAUUAACGACCCUUAGUUCUUUUUAAUUUCGGUUCUUGUAUUAUGAAUUCAAAACUUAUUUAUAUAUAAAAUAUUUUGGUUUUGAUU